AUGACCACCACAGACACUCAGGCAAUUGCCGUACUCGACAAGUUCAGGCGCCCACUGCGCGACCUGCGCAUCUCGGUCACAGACCGCUGCAACUUCAGAUGCACCUACUGCAUGCCCGCCGAGAUAUUCGGCGAGCGGUACGAGUUUCUACAGAGAGCGGACCUGCUGAGCUUCGAAGAGAUAGCGCGGCUGACUCGCAUAUUCGUUGGGCUUGGCGUAGUUAAGGUGCGGUUGACGGGCGGCGAACCGCUGGUACGCAGCGAAAUCGAAAAGCUCAUCGUGAUGCUCGCGGACGUUGAGGGAAUCGGCGACCUUACGAUGACGACGAAUGCCUACCUUCUGCCGCAGAAGGCUGGUACCCUGCGUAACGCCGGGCUGCCUAGGCUAACCGUGAGCCUGGACACGCUGGACGAUGCGAUAUUCCGCGAGAUGAACGGUCGCGGGUUCGGCGUCGGGCGUGUGCUUGAAGGCAUCCGCGCCGCAGAGGAAGUAGGCUUUCACCCAAUCAAGGUCAACGCCGUUGUGCAGCGCGGCGUCAACGACCAUACGAUAGUGGAGCUUGCGCGCUACUUCCGGGAGCGCGGCCACAUUAUGCGCUUCAUCGAGUAUAUGGAUGUGGGCAAUCUUAAUGGCUGGCGGCUGGAUGAUGUUGUGCCCGCCGAGGAGAUUGUCGCUCGCAUCGACGCCGAGAUGCCGCUCGAACCUGCGGAGUCAAACUAUCGCGGCGAGGUCGCCAACCGCUAUCGCUACAAGGAUGGCAGCGGCGAGAUCGGAGUCAUAGCAUCGGUGACCCAGCCUUUCUGCGGCGACUGCACCCGGCUGCGCCUGUCUCCUGAAGGGAUGCUCUUCACAUGCCUGUUCGGUGUGAAUGGCACAGACCUGCGAACUCCCAUGCGUGAUGGCGCAAGCGACUCCGAGCUUACCGAGGUCAUUCGCGGCACAUGGAGCGUGCGCACCGACCGCUACUCCGAAGAGCGAUCCUCCAUGACAGACGAACUCCGCGCCCGCCGCAAAAAGGUCGAGAUGUACCACAUCGGCGGGUAG